AUGGCACCCAACGAUGAAGAGUCUCGCAAGGCUCUCGCAACACUCAUAGCAACAGCUACAACCCUCCUCGAACAACUCCAAUCAACACUCACCACCAUCCAACGCAACCCACAAACCCCAACAACACCCUCCUCCUCCGCCGAAACAACCUCCAUAAACGCCCUAUCCCUCGCCCGCGACACAUCCCUCCUCAUCCGCGCCCACUCGACAAAAAUCUCCCUCCUCAUAAUAAACGAGCCCUUCACUCCCAGCGCCAUCAGCACGGUGGUCCGCGAGCUCAUCAAGGGUCCCAUCCCCGGCCUCGCCACCGCCGCGCAAGCCUGCACUCCAGAUCUCUACACCAGCGUCGUGCGGAAAGAACUAGCAUACCGCUGCCAGAAAGUUCUCGUUGAGCUGUGGGGUUUGUUGAAGCGUGUGCCGGAUGAUGGGAAGGUUAUACCGUCUGUGGAGAGGAGUGGGAGCAAGGGAAGUUUGGUUUUGACGGGAAAGCUUUGGGAUGCGUGCGAUGAGGUUGUCAAGCUUGCGGAUCUGGGGGUUGGCGGGUUUUAUGUGAGGAAGGCGGAGGAGUGGAGGGAUACGCUCAAGGAUGUUAUGGAGGAGUUGAAGGAGUGGGGAGAGGAGGAGGAUGAAGAUGAAGAUGAAGUCGAUGGUCUGGCCGAUGAUAUGAACAACACGUCACUCACGGAUCAAGAAAUGGUCGACGAUCUAAUGAACUCCUCCUCCGCCAUCCCCAAAUCCGACCCCGAUAAGAUCCGACCCCGUCUCGACUCAACCCUUAAGCGCCUACGCAUGAUCGUUCUUCUCUACCAAGCCAUCUCCAAGCGCCGCUUCAAGAAGCUUCCCAAGGAUACCACCACGGGCGACAUUCCCUCCAAGUUGGACAAAGCAGCCAGUGUUCUCGAGACAUUGCCGCAUAAAUUUGGAGAUUUGGCCGGCGCGUUCUACGAGCUUGACGCAGAAGAGAUCGAUUCGCUCAUGGAGGAUUGUUUUGAGAGUGCGGUUGGUGUUAGUGAGGUUCUGAAGCUUGGGUGGGAGGGGGAGAGUGAUGAGUUUAGUGAGUGGAUGGAGAAGUUCAAGGUGGAAGUCAAGAAGACAUAG